CCCAAGUCACUGUUCUGAAAUUCACGGCCAUGCCUACGCAAGAUUCUGCACUGGAUGAUGUUCAGACUGAAGAUGAGUGUGACGUCGAAGAUUCGUGCGAACCAAUCAACCGAUAUGAGGAGGGACUCUACCUGCCCAUCUGCAUCGGGGAGGUUCUCGCGGGCAGAUAUCGAAUUGAGCACAAACUAGGUCAUGGCGGAUUCUCAACUGUCUGGAUGGCCUACGACAUGUUCAAGGCAAAAGACGUCGCCCUCAAAAUCAUGACAGCCGACUCUGGGGGCGAACGAGAGUUCCGUACGCAGAAUGAGCUCAUCAGUUGUGUGCCAGACACUUCACGUCUGCUGAUAUAUCAGGACACGUUCGUGAUUCCCGGCGCCACCAGAGCUGCCCAUCGAGUCCUUGUUUUCCCCCUCAAGGGCCCCAACCUGAGAGAUUACGCCCAGCCGACGUCUACAAUUGUUCGGAGGUCAGCUGCCAAACAGUUGCUCCAAGCACUCCAAGCACUGCACGACGGUUGGAUUGUACAUCGAGACCUUAACAGCGCUAACGUGAUGUUCGGUCUUUCCCCGUUUGAGACUGCUACUGGUGUAGCCACCAAGUAUCAAUUUCUUGGUCGCCCCCGGAAAAUGGAAUUACCCACAAAUCAAGUCUUGUGCAGGGAUGGCCAAUUUGUGAUGCCAAUGACCCCGAAAGAUAGUCUUGUUGAACAUACCAUCACUUUCGGUGACUUUGGUCUAGCCAUUUCAUCUGGCACUGAAGUAGACUUUAAGCUUCAGGCACCUGCCGGAUACUGCGCACCCGAGCGUAUGCACAAGAUAAACCCGAGUUUUGCGUCUGAUAUGUGGAGCUACAUGUGUAUCUUUGCUGAGCUUUACCUGAAGUGGCCUCUCUUCGCUGGUGGGCUCUUCGGUGGCGGAUUUCGCUCCGUGGUUGAACUCAUGGUCAGAGUGCUGGGUCCUCUGCCUCUAUCGUGGAAAGGCUCGUAUGAAGGCGGUGGAGAAGUUGACGAGAGAUGGUACGAUCAGAGCAAAAUGCCAGAGCCUGAAAUGUCUUUGGAAUCGAGAGUCACGCGAUCUAGGGAUACCGUUGAGCCUGCUGAGCAACAGCUGGUGCUCUCUAUAUUGCGGAGGGGUUUUUGUUACUUGCCGGAGCAACGGCUGAGUGCAGGAGAACUUUUGGAAGACGCAUCAUUCAAGGCGCUUUAUGGACAGGUGUCAAGAACUGCCGAGAACGGCGCCGGGUGA